AUGUCGGAAGAAGAGAUAAUACUUCCGUCAAUAGCAUCAGGAGUCAAGAGUUUAACAGUAAAUGAUAGACCGAUGCACGAGUUUGGGUACAAUCCAAGUUUAGGACCUCACUCCAAUGAAAUCACGGAAUCUUCACUGAAUAUUUUACUCAACAGGAAAACUAUCAGCCUAACCCCAACAUCCACUCAUAGCAUAUAUGAUCGGAAUAUUUUGGGAACGAAGAAACAUGAACUCAGUAUCUCCUCGUUAUCGUUUUUAUUCGGGGAAGUGGUGAGUUGGUCCCACCGCAGUAGUAAAGGUAUACAAGAUCUUGAAAAUAGAUUAAACGGUUUGGGAUACAAGAUAGGCCAGAGGACAUUAGAACUUGUUAAACUACGAGAGAGAUUCAAAAACACUAAAAGAGAGAUAAGAUUAGUGGAAAUGCUUCAAUUUAUUCAUUCUACACUUUGGAAAGCCUUAUUUGGUGAAUCUGCAAACGAAUUAGAAAGAUCUCAAGACAUAAACAAUGAAUAUAUGAUUACAGACAACUGUCCUUUAAUGGCCAAAUUCAUCAAUAUACCUAAGGAUUAUGGUAACUUAAACUGUUCCGCAUUGACUGCGGGAAUCAUUGAGGGUGCUUUGGAUUCUGCAGGGUUCUAUGCUCAUGUUUCAGCUCAUUCUGUUCCUACAGAUUACAUGCCUCAACGUACGGUUUUCUUAAUCAAAGUAGAAGAAGAAGUAUUGAUACGGGAAGACUUAAGAGGUGGCCCUAUGAAUUAA